AGGUGACUAUUACAUGGUUAAGAAACUCUUAGAGGAAAACAGCUCGGGUGAAAUGAACAUAAAUUGUGUGGAUGUGCUUGGAAGAAAUGCUGUUACCAUAACGAUUGAAAAUGAAAACUUGGACAUACUACAGCUUCUUUUGGAUUAUGGCUGCCAGUCAUCAGAUGCACUUCUGGUCGCUAUUGACUCGGAAGUGGUGGGAGCUGUUGACAUCCUACUUAAUCACCGACCAAAAAGAUCCUCCAGACCAACCAUUGUAAAACUAAUGGAACGCAUUCAGAACCCAGAGUACUCAACAACCAUGGAUGUGGCACCUGUCAUUUUAGCUGCUCAUCGUAACAACUAUGAAAUUCUCACCAUGCUGUUAAAGCAAGACAUCUCAUUACCAAAGCCUCAUGCUGUAGGCUGUGAAUGCACACUGUGUACUGCAAAGAACAAAAAAGAUAGUCUUCGACAUUCCAGGUUUCGUCUUGACAUUUACCGGUGUUUGGCCAGCCCUGCUUUAAUCAUGUUGACAGAGGAGGAUCCGAUCCUGCGAGCUUUUGAACUUAGUGCAGACUUGAAGGAAUUAAGCCUUGUUGAGGUUGAAUUCAGAAAUGAUUAUGAGGAGCUAGCUCAACAGUGCAAAACCUUUGCUAAAGAUUUGCUUGCACAGGCACGGAAUUCACGGGAGCUGGAAGUUAUUCUGAAUCACACAUCCAGUGAUGAACAUGUAGACAAGCGAGGAUUGUUGGAAGAGAGGAUGAACUUAAGUCGCUUAAAACUCGCCAUCAAGUAUAAUCAAAAAGAGUUUGUUGCUCAGUCUAACUGUCAGCAGUUCCUAAACACAGUAUGGUUUGGACAGAUGGCAGGCUAUCGGCGCAAGCACACAUGCAAGAAAAUUUUGACUGUUUUGAUGGUUGGCAUUUUCUGGCCAGUUCUGUCCUUGUGUUACUUGUUAGCCCCUAAAUCUCGAGUAGGUAGAAUGAUUCACACUCCUUUUAUGAAGUUUAUUAUUCAUGGAGCUUCAUAUUUCACGUUUCUGCUGUUACUUAAUUUGUACUCCCUUGUCUACAAUGAGAAUAAAAAGAAUACAAUGGGACCAGCCCUCGAGAGAAUAGACUACCUUCUGAUUAUAUGGCUCAUUGGAAUGGUUUGGUCAGAUGUUAAAAGACUCUGGUAUGAUGGUUUAGAAGACUUUUUAGAAGAAUCCCGUAACCAGCUUAGUUUUGUCAUGAAUUCCCUGUAUUUGGCUACUUUUGCUCUCAAAGUAGUUGCCCAUAACAAGUUUCAUGAUUAUGCUGAAAGGAAGGACUGGGAUGCGUUCCAUCCUACCCUAGUGGCAGAAGGUCUUUUUGCUUUUGCUAACGUUCUUAGUUAUCUGCGUCUCUUCUUCAUGUACACAACCAGCUCUAUUCUGGGACCACUCCAGAUUUCAAUGGGCCAGAUGCUACAAGAUUUUGGAAAGUUUCUGGGCAUGUUUCUUCUUGUCUUGUUCUCAUUCACAAUUGGAUUGACACAACUUUAUGAUAAAGGAUUUACUUUAAAUGAAGAAAAGGACUGUGCAGGAAUUUUCUGUGAACAACAGAGCAACGACACCUUCCAUUCGUUUAUUGGCACAUGUUUUGCUCUCUUCUGGUAUAUCUUCUCCCUGGCGCACGUUGCAAUCUUCGUCACACGUUUUAGCUAUGGUGAAGAAUUACAGUCUUUUGUGGGUGCUGUUAUUGUUGGUACCUACAAUGUGGUGGUUGUCAUAGUAUUAACUAAACUCCUUGUGGCAAUGCUUCAUAAAAGCUUUCAGCUGAUAGCAAAUCAUGAAGAUAAGGAAUGGAAGUUUGCUCGUGCCAAGCUUUGGCUUAGCUACUUUGAUGACAAAUGCACACUACCUCCACCUUUCAAUGUUAUUCCCUCCCCCAAGACCAUCUGUUAUCUUUUCAACAGUCUCAGUAAAUGGAUCUGCUCUCAUACAUCAAGUGGCAAAGUAAAACGUCAGAACAGCCUGAAGGAAUGGAGAAAUCUGAAGCAAAAGAGAGAUGAGAAUUAUCAAAAGGUGAUGUGUUGUUUAGUCCACCGUUACUUGACUUCCAUGAGACAGAAGAUGCAAAGCACAGAUCAGGCAACUGUGGAAAACCUGAAUGAACUGCGGCAAGACUUGUCAAAAUUCCGAAAUGAAAUGAGAGACCUGCUUGGAUUUCGAACUUCUAAAUAUGCUAUGUUUUAUCCAAGAAACUAAGGCCUAACUUUUAACUGAAGUGUGUAUGCUUUUAGUUACAUAGAGGUGAAAGUUUUGGCCCAAUUCUGUUGCCAGACCAAACAGAAAAGAUUAUUAUUGCACAAUAAUACAUUUUAAAAUGCAUUUGCAUGAGCAGCAGCUAGAU